CAGCCAAUCGCCGGCCACUUUCCUGUCUGCCAUCGCUUGUAUAUUUGCAUAAUUCCGAUGCUUGUUUGAGGGUAUCUGGGUCACAGCUCGUUGAGGUUUGGGAGGAGUGAAACUUGUACCUUUUGCCGAUCAAAUUAGGGCACACUGAUAUCCCGUAGCUGGCUUAGCCGUUGCCUGGCGCUAUGACAGACUCAGCCCCCCAGAUGAACGGGCCAGCCAGCCCUUCCGGCAAGUACAUCGACUCCAUAGAUCCAGAUGACCCAGAAUACCAGCGAAGUAUGCGCCGUCCCGCAGAUGUCAAGGAAGAUGUCCAGCAGAUGGAACAGCGCAAGCGUGUGUCACUUGUCCUCAAUAGCCAAGCUUUUCGAGAGGAGCUCGAACACGUAGUGGAAGAUCACCUGAAAUCUGGCCAGAACCCAGCCAGCCUAUUAGCCCUUCAACAGAUCACAGACUUGCUCCUGCCUCACAUGAGUGUCAACAAAGGUGUCAUCUCCAGGGGAUCUACACCAGUCAUACCCAUCAACGAUAUUCGUGGUGUUGACUCUCUUAACUACAGCAAGGUGGAGAAGCUUAUCCGGUGUAAAUUGGCUGCCCUCUACCGAUUGGUCGACAUUUUUGGCUGGACCCAUGGCAUCUAUAAUCACAUCACAGCUAGAAUUAACCAGGAGCAGGAACACUUCCUCAUCAACCCGUUUGGUGUUCUCUAUGGGGAGGUAACUGCGGGUAGCCUGGUGAAGGUGGACAUGCAAGGUGAAAUCCUUGACCUGGGCACAACAGCCCUGGGGGUGAACAAGGCGGGCUUUACACUGCACUCUGCCAUCCACCAGGCUAGGCCUGAUAUCAAAUGUAUCAUCCAUCUCCACACCCCAGCUGCUGUUGCUGUGUCUGUCAUGAAAUGUGGAUUGUUACCAAUCUCACAAGAGGCUCUUAUCUGUGGUGGAAUUAGUUACCAUGACUACAAUGGAAUUUUAGUGGACAAUGAUGAAAAGGAAAUUUUAACCAGAAAUUUAGGACCAGUGAAUAAGGUCUUGUUCCUGAGGAACCAUGGAAUUGUAGUGUGUGGCUCUACCAUCGACGAGGCAUUCCAUUAUGCCUUUAAUGUAAUGGCAGCUUGUGAAACACAGAUACGUGCAAUACCUGCAGGGAUUGAUAAUCUAGUACAGGUGAGCGAUGAGCCGAGACGACAGGCGUUCCUGGUGGGCAGUCAGGGAGGGGGAGGUGUGGAUAUGGGCAGUGGAGGACGCAAGUGGAGGGUCGGGGAGCUGGAAUUUGAGGCCCUCAUGAGACUACUAGACAAUGCUGGUUACAGAACUGGCCAUGUCUACCAUCAACCAAUCAUAAAGCGAGAGAAAAAAGAAAGGUCCAAUAGUGAUGUAGAGAUCCCCCCAUCUUCCAGUUCCUUCACAUACGUCUUUGAUGGAGACUAUGAAUCUUCUAAAUACAGGUCCCCUCUGAAGGCAGCUCUGGAGAGGCAGAAACAGCAAUAUAAGGCUGGCUGGUUGAAUUCACCUAACACAUACGCAAAGCAGGAGAUAGACGAAACUGGCACAACAAACCCUAAGAAAAUCACACGGUGGGUACCUGAAGGUUCACCGACUAACGCUGGUAGAGCAGUGAAGAUAGAAAACCCAAACCAAUUUGCCCCACAGGGAGAUAACCCUAAAGAAUUCAGACAAAAACAGAAACAGAUCAAGAAGGAUUAUUAUGAGGAGAAAGUGUCCGCUGGACCACAGUCUAAAAUCCUGGAGGGUGUCACAUGGGACGAGGCACAGAAAAUGAAAGAUGGUAACUUGAGUGGCACAGCUGACCAGGUGAUUGUGUUCGGAGCUGCCUCCAAGGGUAUCAUCCAGAGGGACCAUCAGCACAACGCUGUCGUCUACAAGUCACAGUACACUGCCAACCCCUUCGAGAAUGUGACAGAGGACGAGCUAGAAACUUACAAGCGUCAGGUAGAGGGCAAAGGAACUGGGGAUAAUGACUUAUCUCCUGGCCCAGAUGGUAAACUGAUUUCAUCAGACGAGAGAAUCCAACAAAUUCAACAGUCACGAGAUGGCGGGGGAGAUGCAAGAAAGUCUGAUGGAGAAACUAGCCCAGUGUUUGUGGAAUCCAGUGUUGAUACCGAGGUGCCCAAUGGGGCAAUGCCUGAGAGUCCCCGUCGUCGCGAGCCAGAGGAAGGCAGACAGGAGGCACAGCGAGGGCGGAGACGCUCGAAAGAAACAAAUAUUGAUGAACCUUACCCUGUACCUGUUCCUAAACCUGCACCGCGAUCAGUGGAGCCUGCACGACAAGCCCCUGUCCAGCGCUCUGAAUCAGCCCGCCACCCAGAACGCUCAAGAGAUCUUAUUGACGAGUUACAACAGCGUGGUGUUGAUCGGUCGCAAUCUGAACGGCGGAGGAGAUCUGGAGGUGAAGUAGAAGGCAAGCCUGGUUCCCCGACCAAGUCGACUGACAGUGCUAGCGGUGGCGAUACCCUGGAUGAGAGCAGAGAGGGCUCCCCGACCAAGGACAUGCCCUCUUCGCCCACAAAGGAAAAGAAAAAGAAGAAGAAAUUCCGAAUGCCCUCAUUCUCAAAGAAGAAGAAGGAAAAGGAGUGAACUUGGACAAUAUGAGCGUUGUCUGCCGGCUAGCCUGUGACCUCUACAGCUUGAUGCUUGUACAUUGUACUCUCCUUUUGACGGUUCCCUCUGAGCAAGGAUGACUCUAUGCUGGCUAUUAUCUGCCAUUGCUAUACUAUGUGUGCAUUCUGUCUGGACUGACAACGGUCCUAUUUCUCCUCUCCAGCAUUGACUGAUUGAUAUGUUUGGUGAAGGCUGUGUGGUGUGCUAGAUGUUGGGGGGAUGGGAUGGAUGGGGUGGGGGGCUGAUUCAGGUUUUACAUGUAGGAAAACUCUGUACUGCCAGGGUUUGUUUUUUUAAUGACUGUAAAUUUGUCUGCAAUUCUCUUCUGUUUUUUUUUUUACUAGUUCUUUCCUCCAUAUUGCUUGCUUUAGACACGUGUAGAAUAGGUUCUUUACUUCUACAGGUGUUCUAAGAUCACCUACAAUUACUUAUCUAUUGUUGUGGUUGAAUUCGUUUUAAGCUCAGCAAAAUGAAUUCUGAACACCAUUUGACUGACAAAGCUUUUUAUUAAUCUUGGGGUUCUCUCAUACAUUAAAUGGACCAUUAGGGAUAUUUCAUAACUUGCCAAACAUCAUUGAGAUGAAUUACAACAUGCUUUGUUGUGUCACUUGGCAUGAGUGUGCCAAGUUCUAAAGUCACUCUUCCAUUUUGAAUUCAUUCAACAGGCAACUAGAUUGUGCAUCCGUGAUUAUUUUACUAGCACCUUGAUGACCCUGUUUUAGCAUAUCGAGAGAAGAAUAUAAAUGUAAGAGGUGUUUGUAUGCUGUGGAAAUUGCAGUGUUCAUGUUUUAGCCAAAGCAUCCACAUUGUUCAUUACAAGUAUUGUUUAGUGGUUUCCUGUGUUGUUUUGCUUCAUAAAUAUAGCAAAGGUGAUCAUGAUUGAGAAAGUAGAGAAAUGUGCUUGGGAGUCAGGUUUUGUUUCUCUUUUCAUUUUGUUUAGCAUUUGUUGACUCCCAAAAUGAUGCUCAAUAUUUUAAAAUAAACUGACUUUGAUAUAUAUAGCUUUUACUGUAGUCACAAUUAAUCGAAAAAGAAAAUGAUCACCAUUAUAUAGAUGUAUUAGGAGAACAUUUAAUAUGAUAUGAUGCAAAUUAGUACUAGCGUAGUUUUAAUGAAUUUGCCUUCUGAAAUGAAUGUAUAUAAACAUGAAAGCCUAAAGUGUUAGAUGUACUACAUUGUACCGGGUUACUUCACUCUUUCGACUUCUGCUUAUAAACUGUACCUGAACAUAACACAGAUAUUUCAUUAUGACAGACCCUUUGCGUCAAAGGACAACUUAUGGAAGAUGGAAUGGUGAAUACAUGUGAUUGUUGUGGGGUUUUUUUUUGUUUGUUUGUUCUUUUUCCAUUUUUAUGUGAACCAGGAUGCAGCUUUGGGCUUCAGUGAGAAUUUUUAACCAAUUUGUUUCCAAAUGACAUGCAGUUAAAAAGAUGUGCGAGUUUUUACGCAUGUGGUAUACAGUUGUUAGUUUGUAUGUGUUGAUGUUUGUUCUUGGACUGUAUUGGGGGUUGGUGAUGUCCUUGUGAAACAGUCUAUGGCUGGUACAACAUUUCGGUGGGGCGCCAAGAUCUGAAUGGCUCCUUUGUGCGGUUUUUGAAGUAACCUCUACAAAAAUGGCAGUGCACAUAGCCAUUAUUUAGUAACCAACGAUGUAUGAGGAAAUGUUAUUUUGUUUAAAUCUUUUUUUGUUUUCUUACCAUAUUUUUUUUUAUUACAGAUUGUGUAUAGAGGUAUUUUUUAAAGUUGUUGUGUAGCCCCUUGUGUUGUGUUGUCAGGAAACCCCCUGCCAUCAGCCAUGUGAUCACAUCCGAACACUGCUGACUGGGCAAUUUAAAACUAACUAACCAACCAGGGCAGCGGCAGUGAGACCUGCUCGCCAAUCAAGGGAGCUAAUCUAGGUGUGAUAGCUGACCCAUGUGUCAUUUGUACAGUAGAAUACAUUCAGAACUUAUUUAACCUUAGCGUAUCAGUACAUGUAGUUUACAGUUCUGUACCCAUUUCAUCAGCCCAAGCUGGUAUACAAAAUUUUAUUUUUUCAAUUUGUUGUAGCAGAUGGCAUUUAGCAGUAUAAGAAGAAAGGCAGGAGAUAUUUUGCAUUUUUUUCUGCUAUUUUGUAAUGAAAUAUUUUGGAAGCGUUUAAUAUUUUAGUUUAUUAUUAAUUUCGGCUCUUGUCCCCAACUAGGUUAGACAUGGGAGUUCAAAUGGGGGAAAAGGGCUGAAUUGGCAUUGAAAGCACAGCCAGGUGUAUACAGAGGUUUACUAUCCUUGCUUGAGCCAGUUGGAUUUUUGGCCUUGUGUACAUUUUGAUGCACACUUUUAGGUUAUUUUGAGGAUCGUAUCAAUCGAAUGAUUAAUAACCAGGUGCCGCCUUGACACUAGUGAAAGGCAAACAGCCUUGAGCAACUCCGGAGAAAAGUUUCUCUUUGUAUAAACCGCCUAUUCUGAUGCUGAUAUUUCUGAAUUUGCCCGCUGAUUGUAGUGUAGUCAGUAGUCACUCAACCGUGUAUUUGUACUUGUGAACGUCUCCAGUGUUUUUAAACAAGACAAUGCCUUUGGUGUAGGUGGACAGAACAUUGACUAGGAUGAGGAAAGCAGAGUUGUCUCCCUCUAGGAUAUCAUGGCUACAUUCUUCCAGAAAUCCGCUUGGCAUUUGUCAAUGAAAUGCAUAGUAUCUGGUAAAGAAAGUCACCAGUCUUUGUUCUGUCUGUCUCUGAAGGCCAGUAUAUGGUGGUUCAUUCGUGGUGACGUCUUCAGUUCGUAGCCUUGUCUUUAUAUGCCUAUGGUAUACUCCAGUGAUGUGAUCGCACAGCUUAUUGUCAGAAAAGUCAAACUGCCUCAAUAAAACGUAACCACUCAACUUCAA